AUGGCAGUUGGAUCGCCCAAUGUUGAUGCCCUUCCGAACCCAUUCGACAGCUUCCCGCGUCAAUCGCAACGCCGCGAAAAUACUGCUACCGACGCUGCGCAGAUAGCCACCUACCAAGAACACAUCGUCGUCAAUCUCUGUACUCUCCGCAUCCGCACCACACCGCCUCCAAGCAUGGCCGACCACCCCGAGUACAGCGGCAAGCGGUCGACCUCAAGAACGCGUACGUCGCGUCCCACGACCCCGCUACGCCCCUCUUCCAGAUCAUCUUUCAGGGAAUCGGCCAGAGAAAGCGUCCAUGGAGGCGAACCUUUCCCUCUGAACACUUUCGAGCCAGCCUUUGCUGAGCUGUCCGACGCCAUGGCCGACCUCGAAGCCAAUAUGAUGCACUUCCAAUUGAUGCACGAGAGCUUGGCUCGCUUUAGCGAGUCUUUUGCCAGCUUUCUGUACGGCCUCAACAUGAACGCCUUCUGCGUCGACUACCCAGAGCAGAAUCUUUCCGACGCGCAAGGCAGCAAGAGGAGUCGGGCGCAGAUUCAGUCCGAGGCUCGCGUGUGCCGGCUCCAAGUACUCGUGGCACUUCAGCCCGUGGCGCAAGAGGAGGACGCCGUGGAACCGCCGAGUCGCAAAGAGGCCGGCCUAGUGGUCUGGCCCGUGCCCGAGGCCGUGGUGUCCGAUGAGUAUGUUCCAUGGAGAUUUCGCCAUGGCAUACAAAACAAGUCGAGGUACUGCUUCCCCACCGCACCGGAUUCUACUGGCGUCAGUGCAGAGGAUGUCGAGUGCAGGGAAGUGGGAACGAGAUGA